AGAGGUGUAGUCAUAACUAAGGUCAGCUCCAUCAGAGCAAGGACAUUUGACAUAGACUGAGGUUGAGUCUAGCAGCUGCUGUGCUAGUUUUUAGUUUUAUUUGGACAACUUUUUGAGGGGUGUGAGCAGACACCAUGGCGGUGACAUUAUGCCAGGUGAUGGGCUUUGUGCUGGGCCUUUUGGGGCUGGGGGGCCUCAUUGCUGCUACAGGAAUGGACAUGUGGAGUACGGAGGAUCUGUAUGACAACCCCGUCACGUCCGUCUACAGCUACGCCGGCCUGUGGAGGUCGUGUGUAAGACAGAGCUCCGGAUUCACAGAGUGCAGACCCUAUUUCACCAUCUUGGGACUUCCAGGCUUAUUCCAAGGUGUGAGAGCGCUCAUGAUUGUGGGCAUCGUUCUCGGAGCUAUCGGAGUCCUCAUUGCCAUUUUUGCCCUUAAGUGCCUCAGAAUGGGCAACAUGGAGGACCGUGUGAAAGCGACCAUGACUCUGACUUCAGGGGUCAUGUUUGUUAUCGCUGGGAUCUGUGGCAUUGCUGGGGUUUCCAUCUUUGCCAAUUUGAUCGUGACCAACUUUGCGCUCACUAGCUAUACCUCAGCUGGAUUGGGUAUGGUUGGCUCUGGCCUUGUUGGGUCACCUCUUACUCCAAGAUACACGUUCGGCUCGGCCCUGUUCGUUGGUUGGGUCGGUGGAGGUGUUCUGUUUGUUGGUGGAGUCAUGCUGUGUUUGGCCUGUCGUGGACUGAUGCCUGAGAAACACUAUGAAGGAACGGCGUACAAACCUGCAACUCAGAGUGCCAUCUACAGAUCAGAAGGCUAUCCCAAGACUUAUAACAGCUCCUACAAGGCUCAAAGUAUGGACGGCAGACCAUCCAACCAAAAAUUUGACUAUGUUUGAAACUUGAUAAUGAGCAUGCGGGAUAGAUGACCAUGGGAUAUUAAUGCUAGCAGUGUAAAGUGGAAUAGAAACAACACAGUGACACAGCAAUAUGCAUGUAAUAAUAAUACAGUAGACGUUGCCCAUAAUAACUCUUUAACAGAGGAGUAUUUAUAAAACUCUGGGAGAGAGAAACAUUUUGGGGUUUUAGGCUGAAGUCUAGUCAGUAUCCAGGUCUAAAGAGUGUAAUGUUGUUAUUGUAGGUAUUUUCUACUGUCCAUUAUUCUGGUUGUGUUUCUGGGUACUAGUUAUUUUUCAAGCCUGUUUGUGUAGGUUUAAUUUUAGUUUACGUUAUGCCAGGUAUUUUUAUUUUUAAACUUAAAUGUGAGGUUAUUUUAUUGUGACAGGUUUUAAUCAUGUAACACACAGCAACAAAUAUUCUAUACUCUUAGAACUCUACAAGAGUGCAUUGCAUCUUGAUAUUGGUUUUAGGACCUUUACAUUUAGUAUGUUUUCUUUUGUGCAUAUGAUCUGAGAGACUGAUAGUUUUGUACUCGCUUUACAAAAGUGCAUUAUUUAAACUGUCCACAAAUUAGGCUUCAUAAUAUGUAUGGUUUAUUUCUGUUUUGAUGUUCUAGGUUGUUCAGAGAUUAUUGGCCCACAUGCAACCAUAUAUCUAAUGCUUUUCACCACUUCAGUUUUGGGCCCAUUGUGUCCUCUGGUUUUGGUUCAUAUCAUGGUUGAGAUACUCCUGUGCUUUGGCAUCCAGAAUAGGAUUUUAUUAUUUCCAUCAUUCUGUGGGGACAUGUGGGCCAGCUCUUUUCUUAUUUACCAUUUGAUAUCUAUAAUCUUAUUUUCUAUGUUUAAAUAAGGUAACAAUAUAUUUUCUUUUGGUAAAAUAAAGCUAUACAAUUCCGUA